AUGGCAAAGCAAAUAGCAAUCAUCGGUGCUGGUGCCACUGGCAUGACCGCUUGUAAAGCCUGUUUGGAACAGGGCUUCGAUGUGGUCGUUUUCGAGAAAACCAACUACACCGGCGGACUUUGGCGCUAUCAAGAAAAUUUGGAUGAAAACGGGACCGCCUCGGUGAUGCGCUCGACUAUCAUUAACAGCUCGAAGGAAAUGUCUGCCUUUUCCGACUUUCCACCGCCGCCUGAGUUUCCCAACUACAUGCACAACACUAAAAUGGUUGCGUACUUUGACAUGUACGCUGAAAAGUUCAACUUUAAAAAGUAUGUUCAGUUUCGCCAUGAAGUUAUCAGCGUUGUACAAGCGCCCGACUUUGAAGAGACUGGUCGCUGGGUAGUUCGCACGCGCAACCUCGACACGAACGAAGUGAAGGACCAGACCUUUGAUGGUGUUCAAGUUUGCAGCGGUCACCACGGCACUGUAAAUCAGCCCAAGCUUAAGGGCGAAGAAAAGUUCAAGGGCACCAUCUACCACACACACUCGCUGAAGAACGCCAAGGGAUUUGAGGACAAAAAUGUCGUCGUCGUCGGCAUUGGCAACUCUGGAGGUGAUGCCGCAGUUGAGCUUUCAGUUGUCGCAAAACAGUUGUCGCAUUUAGCGGACUUGCUGCCAAAUGCACCACUGGAAGACUUUGUUGAGCCAAACAGGCCAGAGGAGCCUUUGGAGUUGGCUGAUGAAGAGCCUUUCACCGAGGAGCCCCAA